AUGGCCGCCGACAAGAGGACUGCGGAGAAUCAACUGAUGUCGCGGUUCAUCCGCCUGCCCGCCGAGCUCAGGAACCGCAUUUACCAAUUCACUUUCCACGACACUACCGUCAAAGCCUACGAACGAAAGAAACACCAUAAGCAGCUCCACAGUAAGAAGUACCAACCAUCUUGUGGCCUGAUCUUCGUCUGUCGCCAGAUUCGCCAUGAAGUGCUCGGUUCGUUCUACGCAGCUUCGACAUUCGACUUCACAAAUGUUCGGCAAGGCUUGCAUGCUGGCACUGUGUGGUGGCUCGACUCUAUCACGUUUUUUGGGCUAUGCUCUAUCGACGUACCACUGGAAAACAUGAUGGAUGUGUGGUUAGGAGCCACUUGUUGGUGUAUUCAGGAGUGGCACAAUGACAGUUACUUCUCAUACAUCCGCUGCGACAGCGGAAUAGACAUUGGGGCUUCGAUUGAUGUAGAUAACAAGUAG